GCGAUCGUCUGCGACGACUUCUUCGCCGAGGCGAUCGAGGAGGUCUGAAGAGAUGCCCGAGGGACGUCGCCGGCGCAACCCUCAUGGCGGUCAACAUCCCGGGCAUCGUGAUGGGCACCAUCGUGCUCUCCUCCGGCACCUCCGUCCCCGACUCGCUCUCCUCCAUCGUCGUCGCGCGCAAGGGCGAGGGCGACAUGGCCAUCGCCAUCGCAAACGUGCUCGGCGUCCAACACCCUCGCCAUCACCAAGUACCCGGUGCUGUGCGACUUCUCCUUCUGCAUCCUCUCCGUCAUCCUCCUCUUCUUCCUCUUCUUCGUCGCUCUCGACCAGAAGAUCGUCCGGCACGAGUUCCAGGUUGCCGCGUCCAGUCCACGCGCGUCGGCUGCAUCCUCAACAUCCCGGGCAUCGUGAUGUGCACCAUCGUGCUCUCCUCCGGCACCUCCGUCCCCGACUCGCUCUCCUCCAUCGUCGUCGCGCGCAAGGGCGAGGGCGACAUGGCCAUCGCCAUCGCAAACGUGCUCGGCGUCCAACACCCUCGCCAUCACCAAGUACCCGGUGCUGUGCGACUUCUCCUUCUGCAUCCUCUCCGUCAUCCUCCUCUUCUUCCUCUUCUUCGUCGCUCUCGACCAGAAGAUCGUCCGGCACGAGUUCCAGGUUGCCGCGUCCAGUCCACGCGCGUCGGCUGCAUCCUCAACAUCCCGGGCAUCGUGAUGUGCACCAUCGUGCUCUCCUCCGGCACCUCCGUCCCCGACUCGCUCUCCUCCAUCGUCGUCGCGCGCAAGGGCGAGGGCGACAUGGCCAUCGCCAUCGCAAACGUGCUCGGCGUCCAACACCCUCGCCAUCACCAAGUUCCCGGUGCUGUGCGACUUCUCCUUCUGCAUCCUCUCCGUCAUCUUCCUCUUCUUCCUCCUCCUCUUCGCUCUCGACCAGAAGAUCGUCCGGCACGAGUUCCAGGUUGCCGCGUCCAGUCCACGCGCGUCGGCUGCAUCCUCAACAUCCCGGGCAUCGUGAUGUGCACCAUCGUGCUCUCCUCCGGCACCUCCGUCCCCGACUCGCUCUCUCCUCCAUCGUCGUCGCGCGCAAGGGCGAGGGCGACAUGGCCAUCGCCAUCGCAAACGUGCUCGGCGUCCAACACCCUCGCCAUCACCAAGUUCCCGGUGCUGUGCGACUUCUCCUUCUGCAUCCUCUCCGUCAUCCUCCUCUUCUUCCUCCUCCUCUUCGCUCUCGACCAGAAGAUCGUCCGGCACGAGUUCCAGGUUGCCGCGUCCAGUCCACGCGCGUCGGCUGCAUCCUCAACAUCCCGGGCAUCGUGAUGGGCACCAUCGUGUUUUCCUCCGGCACCUCCGUCCCCGACUCGCUUUCCUCCAUGGUCGUCGCGCGCAAGGGCGAGGGCGACAUGGCCAUCGCCAUCGCAAACGUGCUCGGCGUCCAACACCCUCGCCAUCACCAAGUUCCCGGUGCUGUGCGACUUCUCCUUCUGCAUCCUCUCCGUCAUCUUCCUCUUCUUCCUCCUCCUCUUCGCUCUCGACCAGAAGAUCGUACGGUGUUGUUCCAGACUAAGUCCCUCCUCCUCGUCGUAUAAGUGCAUCGGCAAGCUCC